AUGUCAGACGAGAAGAACGACAACCGUCGUUCAUUACGUCCUGUGGCUUUUGCCGCCGUCGUUUUCUCCACCGUUGCUCUUACAAGUUGUCUUCUAACUUUCCCUUUGAUACUCCACUAUGUGCAGACUUUGGAGUCUCAAGUGCAACUUGAUAUUGAGUACUGUCAGGCCAGAGCUAGAGAUAUGUGGAAGGAAAUGCUUGAUAUAGAGACUGGUGGUAGAAGAGAUGUUGGAAGACUUGCUAGCAUCGUCAUGGCUCAACGUCGUAUUGCUAAAAGAGACACACUUGCUGAUUUCUGGGCUCGUCGUCUUCAUGACCAAGAAUUAAGAGAUCAGCCUGUAGGAUAUGACGGACCAUCAGCUUUCGUUGAGUCGCCUCCAUCUAGCGAUACCCCACAAACUGGCGGAGGAUGCUGCACCUGCCAUCGUGGUCCACCAGGACAAGUAGGAGAUGCUGGAAGAGACGGUGUUGAUGGCGUUGAUGGAACUCCUGGAGAUAUCGGACCACCAGGACCCCCAGCUCCACCAGGACCAGACCCACAAUCUCUCUUCCCAGAGCAGUGUCCUUGUGAAGCUCCACCAGGAGAACCAGGACCAAAGGGACCCCCUGGACCUGAUGGUCCACCAGGAGCACCUGGAUCAGCUGGUGAUGAUGGAAAGCCUGGAGAUCAAGGAGAACGUGGACCACAAGGAAUGCCAGGACAACCCGGACAAAUGGGACGACCAGGACCUCCAGGAGAACCAGGAAGCUACCGUACUGAAGUCGGACCCCCAGGACGUUCAGGAUCCCCAGGAAGACCAGGACCACCAGGACCACCAGGUCCACCAGGAAAUCCCGGAAAUGAUGGAAAGACUGGACAAUCCGGUCCACCAGGUUUACCAGGAAGCCCAGGACAACCUGGUCCAAAUGGUCAAGCCGGUCCUAAUGGACCUGAUGGAGACAACGGAGCUCCAGGAUCAUGCGACCAUUGUCCACCAGCUCGUUUGGCACCCGGAUAUUAA